AUAUUCCGACAGGGAUCUCUGUUCUUGCCACUGAGUAUAUUAAACGAGAAAGUUGUUUAUCCGUGGGGACCUCGGCCACUUUUUGAAGCUGAGGACGAUGUUAUUGUCGUGGUCAGUAUGCAGCAGCUGGCUUAUGAUGUCGUUUUUCCGCCUGUUAGCUUCGAUGAGAACAGCUUAAAGCGCAAUUUCAAUACUCUUGAUGCCGACACUCGUCAGUACAUGCUGGACAUUGUGGAAUGUGGAGUCACACACAAUCUGACCAGAGACGAAAAGGAAGCACUUUGGGAGCGGCGUCAUUUUCUAACGCACAUACCAGACGCUUUGCCACUUGUACUGGCUUCUGCUGUUGGCUGGGAUUGGGCAUCUCUAACGAAUAUCUACCAGUUGCUGGAUGAUUGGAUGCCUUUCGCUGAUCUCACUGUUCGAGAAAAAGCAGUAUCGUGGCUGAAAACUGCUUCGUCCGAUUUCUUGUUCAAUUUUCUUCCUGAACUCGUUGAGGCAAUUACAACAGCGGAUCAAUCAACAGGACAGAGCCUAUUCGAAUCGCUGCAGUUUGCUGCAGCAGCAAAUCGUUAG